GGAGUCCCAUGAGCCAAAAGAAUCUAUCGAUAAUUUAAUAGCUGCCAAUUUCAUUAACGUAUAGAAAAUUUUUCCCUUUGUUUAAUUUUAUUAUUUGAGACCUCUCACUGACUAAAUCUUGGCGUUUCUCUAUCUGCGAUUCUGGCUAGCUAGGGUUUCGAGCGAUGGUGAAGGACACUGAGUACUAUGAUAUCUUGGGUGUGACUGUUGAUGCUUCUGCUGCCGACAUAAAGAAGGCAUAUUACAUUAAGGCGAGGUUGGUGCACCCAGAUAAAAAUCCUGGAGAUCCAGAAGCCGCUCAUAGAUUCCAGGUGCUUGGGGAGGCUUAUCAGGUCUUAAGUGAUCCUGGGAAACGUGAGGCAUAUGAUAAGCAUGGAAAGGAAGGCCUUUCUCAGGACUCCAUGGUGGAUCCUUCUGCUGUAUUUGGAAUGCUUUUCGGAAGUGAAUUCUUUGAAGAUUAUGUCGGUCAAUUGGCUUUAGCAAGCAUGGCAUCCGUAGAAAUUGAGGAAGAAUCACUAGCACCAGAAGUAAGGAGGCUAAGAGUUCAAGAGAAGAUUAAGGAAUUGCAAAGAGAAAGAGAACAGAAACUUGUUGAACAUCUCAAAAGUCGUCUACAACCAUAUGUUGAGGGGAAGAGCGAUGAGUUUGUAAAAUGGGCGAACUCUGAGGCCAGACGUUUAUCACAAGCAGCUUUUGGGGAGGCUAUGCUUCACACAAUUGGAUAUAUUUAUUCAAGACAGGCUGCAAGAGCGCUGGGAAAGAAAAUUUAUUUGAUGGGUGUGCCAUAUAUAGCUGAAUGGGUUCGUGAUAAAGGCCACCUUAUCAAAUCACAAGUAAAUGCAGCUUCAGGUGCAAUCUCAUUAAUGCAGAUACAAGAAGGGAUGAAGAAGUUGGAGGGAAGUGAAAACAAGGAAGAGGAUUUGUUGAAGACCAUCGAAGAGAAAAAGGAUUUGAUGCUGAACUCUUUAUGGAAAAUUAAUGUGGUUGACAUAGAGUCAACUCUGUACCGUGUUUGUCAUGCAGUUCUCCAUGAUAGCAGCGUCUCCAAGGACGUGGUCAAGUUACGCGCCAAGGCACUAAAGAAGUUGGGAACUAUAUUCCAGGGUGCCAAAGCUCUUUAUCGGAGAGAGAAUAGUCUAAGGGUAGAGCCCAACGCCAAAAGCGGAGAUGCCACAUCGUCGAAAGCUUGAAAGUCCACAAGUGAAACCCACAUCAUCUCCAAAAUUAUGUGAAUUUGAGCUCUGUUGAUGUCGAUUUUUCUUUGUCGUUGCGAUCUUCCUGUUCUGCGUUGCUGUAAUUGAUGUGAAUUAAACCGUGUUAUGUGGUUUUUAUAGUACGAGGCUACUGUAUAGAGAUGGACAUAAAUCCAUGAGAACUGAAGCAACGAAGAUUGGUCGUAUGUUUGCCUACGAGAUUUGGUGUAGGGUUAAUAACUUAAUACCUGAUGAAAGAACUGAUAUCCAUGAGAACUGAUGAAUGUACGUAUUAGGAUGGCCCGGAUGGGGUCUGGUUGCUAUAAGAUGCGUUGAACCUA